AUGUCUUUAAAAAUUUUAAGAAAAAAUUUUAAAAUUUUAUUUUGUAUAUUUUUAAUAUUAUUAACAUUCAAUAUACUAGUAUUAAAUUAUGUAGUAAAACAAUAUUCUAUAGAUGUCCAAGCGUUUAAAAAUAAACAAUUAAGAACGAUAUAUAGUAGUGAUUUAAAAGGUGGAGGUAGAUAUAAAACAAGUAGAUGGGGUGGUGUAAAUUUAUUCCCAGACGACGAUGGUGAAGAAAUUGAGGAAGAUAUGGAAGAGGAUGAUUUAUUGCAAUUAAACACAAAUUUUGUAAGAUUUUCAAAUAUGCGUCAUGGUAAAUUAUUAAUUAAUGACAGAAUAUUAUCAAAUAGUAAAAAUAAAGAUAGACCAACAGCAAGACAACCAAUAACAAGAAAACCAAUUAAUAAUAAUAAUAAUAAUAACGAAGAAAAUAAUAUAGAAGAUUCAAUAGAUUCAUUUGACGAGUUUGAAUUUGAAGAUGAAGAAUAUGAAGAGUUAAAAAAUAAUUUAAUUGUCAGCAAUUUUAAUAGUCAAAAUAAUUUAAAUAAAAAAUUAAAGUUGGUAAUUUCAAUACCAACAUUACCAAGAGAAAAGGAUCAUUUAUCCGCCAUAAUUUCAAGCUUUGAGGAGCAAUCAAAAGAGAAUUCACCGUUGUCUGGUUUGGAAAUUAAAGUUAUAGUGUUUAAUAAUAGUCCUGGUAAUCAUUCCAUAUUUUAUAAACUAAAAGAACAUUAUAAAUAUAAAUACACAAAUGUAUUUUCAUUUAUAGAUAAUCCUUCAAGAGUUAUUGAAGAUGAUAAUAAUAAUAAUAAUAAUAAUAAUAAUAAUAAUAAUAAUAAUAAUAAUAAUAAUAAUAAUAAUAAUAACAAUAAUAAUAAUAAUAAUAAUAAUAUAGUAACAAAAAAAAUGAAACAAAAGAAUUUAGAUGUUUCAAAUAUGCUAAAAAUUGUAAAUAAUAAAACAAAUGUAGAUUUUAUAUUGGUUAUGGAGGACGAUUUCCCAUUAUGUAGUAAAGCUAUAUCAGUACUACCAUAUUUAAUAAAAAAGAGUAACUUGUAUAAUAGAAAAUGGGAUCUUAUAAAAACAUCAGUUGGGUUAAAUGGGUUUAUAUUUAAAUCAACACAAAUUGACCGUAUUACAAAUUAUUUAGAAAAGAAUAGAAAUUAUAACUCCAUAGAAAAAUUAUUAUCGGAAUGGAUGUGUGGAAUGCGUGAAAUUGGAUCGAAACGUACUGGUAAAUGUAAUGAAUCAAGAAGAAAUAGUAUAGUGUUCAGAUUAACAUUGUUUAGUCAUAUUAAUGGUGAGUCAACUUUCAAGAGAGAUCAUUAUGGAAAUGGUAGCACAAGUUCAGUUUUGUUCCCACAUUGUUGGUACGACUACUCACAUCUCUUACCAGCUAACGACCGAUUCUACAUCAAACAAUGCUCAGAUGACGAUAUUGCUCCAUGUGUUCAAUAUCACCCUAUACCAUCGAUGGUCACCGAUUUAACUGAGGCAUCAUCUCAUUUAAAUCAUUACUUAAAAAGUCGUAUUAUUGUUAGCCCCACAUCCAAACGUAAUAUCACACUCGACGUAUCAUUUGUUCAACGUCCAUUACCAACUUUAUUCCGUUCAACAUCAAUUCUUGAAGAUACUUUUAAUUUUAGCACCACCUCUGCCGCUUCCAAACUCUUAAAGCAAUCAUUAAAAAAUCAAAAAAUUCGAAACUCUAAAAACUCUGAACAGUUUUAUUAUGGUGAUAUCGAAUUUAAUGAUCAAGAAGAAUAUGAGGAUUUUGAAGAUUCCGAUGACUCUAAUUAUUUAAUACAUGGCAUCUUAAUUGUAGUUUUAUUAUCCGUAACUGGUGUUGCAUUAAUGGUUUUAUUUAAAAAAAUAAUAGUUGAUAAUAACAAUAUUAAUACUAAUAAUAAUUUUAUCAAUAUUAAUAAUAGUAAUAAUAAUCAAAACAAAAAGCAAAAAACGAUAAUUGGUUGA